AAAACUGUUUUGAACGUUUUUCCAAAAGUAACCAUGUCACUCCCUCUUUGUAUUGAAGAUAAACCCCCAUUUUCACAGAGAUCCAGACACCACCAGACCAAAUCAAAUUAUUUCAUGAAGAUUUCAAUCCAACCCAAGUCACUGUCAACAUAGGUCUCAGGGGCACGCUGAGGGCCAGCACUUCAACAAGCCUGAAACACAUCUGUGGCAGCAGCACAGCAGUAUUAGAGUUAUUUGAGCGUGAGGGAGUGAUUCAGGCUCCUCAGGAUCUGCAGCUCCAGGACUCCAGACCUGCUCCAACCUGGAUGGAUCACAGGCAAAAGAGGCUGCAGAGUAAAUCAUCUCCACCAAAGUUGGAUGUCUUGCCUUGAGGGUUUGCUGGGAAGUGCCAUUGACUUGUGCAAGGCUGCUGUUAUCAACCUGGAAUAAUGUCCAUGGACUGGCGUGGAGGUGACAGGCUGCUCAUAGGCUUGUUUGUGAUGCUUAUCCUGAGGCUCAGCUGCUGUGCUGGACAGAGCUAUGAACGCUGGGAGGCUGGGUCCUCGUGCUAUGGAGGGUUUGACCUCUAUUUUGUGCUGGACAAGUCUGGAAGUGUACAGCACCACUGGAAUGAGAUCUACUACUUUGUUGAUCACCUUGCACACAAGUUCAUCAGCCCCCAGCUCCGAAUGUCCUUUAUAGUCUUUUCAACGGAGGGAAGGAUCCUGAUGAAACUUACAGAAGACAGGGAUCAGAUUCGUGCUGGGCUGGAGGAGCUUCAGCAUGUCUUACCAGGUGGAGAUACCUUCAUGCACAAAGGUUUUCAGAGGGCAAGCGAGCAGAUCUACUAUGGAACAGGUGACGGAUACCGCACUGCGAGUGUCAUCAUUGCUCUGACAGAUGGAGAAUUGCGCGAGAAUGAAUUUGACUUGGCAGCCAGAGAGGCCGGUCGCUCACGUCAGCUGGGAGCUUCUGUGUAUUGUGUUGGAGUGAAGGACUUUAAUGAAACCCAGCUGGCAACAAUAGCCGACAGCGAAGAUCACGUCUUUCCUGUUAAUGAUGGCUUUGAAGCACUGCAAGGGGUCAUUGAUUCAAUUCUGAAGAGAUCCUGUAUAGAGAUCCUCGCCGUGGAGCCCUCGAGUAUUUGUGCAGGAGAAUCCUUUGAGGUGGUGGUUCAAGGGAACGGAUUCCUUCACGCCCGCGAUGUGAGCAGAAUCCUUUGCAGCUUCCGUAUCAACAACACCCUCACCGUGAUGAAGAGGCCUCUGGUAGUUGAAGACACGUACCUGCUCUGCCCAGCGCCUGUACUGAAGGAGGAGGGAACGUCUGCCUCCCUCCAUGUCAGUAUGAACAACGGCCUGAGUUUUAUCUCCAGCUCUGUGACCAUCACGACCGUCAGCUGUACCGACGGGACGUUCUUGGCCAUAGCGCUGCUGAUACUGCUGCUGAUGAUCGCUAUGGCCAUACUCUGGUGGUUUUGGCCCCUCUGUUGCACCGUGAUCGUCCAUGAGCCGCCGCCGCCACACGUGAUGGACGACAGUUCGGAUGAAGAGGAUGAAGGCUACCCAAAGAAGAAGUGGCCAACAGUGGAUGCUUCGUACUACGGUGGGAGAGGAGUUGGUGGCAUCAAAAGGAUGGAAGUGCGCUGGGGAGAUAAGGGAUCCACUGAUGAAGGAGCCAAACUGGAGAAGGCCAAGAAUGCGCGGGUGAAAAUGCCCGAGCAAGAGUUUGAGUUUCCCACCACACGGACCCUAAACAACGGCAUGCGAAAACCAAUCUCCCCUCAGAAGUGGUACUCCCCUAUCAAGGGGAAACUGGAUGCCCUGUGGGUGUGGCUUAGGAGAGGAUAUGACCGUGUAUCCGUGAUGAGACCUCAACCUGGAGAGAAGGGUCGCUGUAUGAAAUUCACCCGUAUGAAAUCCUGCCCACCUCCUCGAUACCCGCUUUACAACAACCCCUCGGGCCACAUCUACAGCCUCCCCCAUAGCAGAUGCCCUCCUGUCCCACAGGGCACCCUGCCGCCCACCCCACGCUACUCCGCCCACUCUCCCACCUCCACCCUGCCCCCUUUGCCAUCAACCCCACCCCCAACAUCCAUAACCCCUCCCCCUUACACACCACCUCCAACCAGAGCUCUUCCUUCUACCAGUCUGAGUAUCAAUGUGACUCUGCCUCCUUCUCCUCCCACACCACCCUCAUCACCCAGCACCUUGACUCCGCCCCCUCAGGCAGCUCCGCCCGGGCAAGCCCCGCCCCCUUCUCCUCCCACACCACCCUCAUCACCCAGCACCUUGACUCCGCCCCCUCAGGCAGCUCCGCCCGGGCGAGCCCCGCCCCCUUCUCCUCCCACACCACCCUCAUCACCCAGCACCUUGACUCCGCCCCCUCAGGCAGCUCCGCCCGGGCGAGCCCCGCCCCCUUCUCGUCCACCUCCACGCCCAGGCCCCGAGGACCCACAGUUCUACCAGGACUGAGUAGAUCCAAGAGAUUUGCACAAGAAAAACUGCUGGUUAUGCUGGUGGCAAAAAUUGAGACCUACAUUUUCCAGGCAGAGAAAGGAAGGAGCAGCACGAUUAUUCCAACUGGCAAUGGCUGCAGAUGGCAGUGAC